AUGUUAGAUCUUGCCGAUACAACCAAAUUGGUGGUAAAGAUUUCCAUGGAUGUAGCCGGCAUCGUGGUAGACAUUUACGUGGAACUAGCCAGGGUCAUGGCAGAGACUGCCAUGGCUAUGGCCGGGCCCGCGGUAAUGUCUUCCAUGGUUAUAGCCAGCCCCGUGGUGGAGCCUUACAAGGGACUCGGGGCGCGCGCGAUUCGCAUUCUGCAAGAGUCAUGGGACUCGGUCGGUCAUGAUUUCCACAGAUUGAUCAAGUUUCCGUUCGCAAUGGUGGACGUGAUUACCGACAAAGUCAAAUCUAUAGGCCACGGAAUCGUCAACCUCAUGGUCUGGACGCCAGUCAACUGGCUGUGGCGAGCCGUGAUGUGGGUGUUGAGCAUGUUCGGUAUCCCAGACAUUAUUUUGGAAGCCGCGGCAAGAAUUUUUGGCGCUGCAAGCAACGGAUCAAUUGUCGAUUUCAUCAUCCGCAUCCUUUUACGCAUCAUCGAGGCAUUCAUACCGAUCCUUACUUGGCUACUAAAGCUCAUCAUGGAGACGUGGGAUGCCGACAGAGAAAGGCAGAAAACGCUGACUUUUAUCUGGGGGCGCCUGGUCAAUCUCAAGGGGUUCCUCCUCGACUUGCUUAAUCCAAUGAACGUUGUGGAGGCGUUCCCCGGCGGAACUGUUGAUGGAAUCAAUGGCCCGGUUGACGGCGUUGCAGCCGCCGAUAACCCUUAUAACGAGCUGGACCUCGGGAAGGAGGAAAACCGCCGAGCCAUCGUCUACCAGGCGCAGCGGGUGGCCUUGACGCCCGUCGCCCUGCUCCAAACCGCCAGUACGUCGUCUGGCGGACUGGGCAGCCCCCAGAUAACCUUCUCCCUGGCCAGCGACUUUGACCAGGACGGAAACCCGCCGCCCCCAACCUACGUGUCGGAGAUGGAAAACUCGCCCCCAGGCGAGAGGUGGCUCUUCAUCAACGGCAUUGCCAACGAGCAGGUCUGGUUCUGGCGCUCGUGCGAUAAGAUUCACGACGCUUUCAGGAGAGAGGUCAAGGGCGUGUACAACAGGAGCGACGGCAUCAUCUGGGACUUGAUCGAGUGCGCCGGAGAGCGCACCGCCGCGGGUUUGGGCACGGACAACGCCUUGAUCCAGCGCAGGGAAAGCAGAAAGGCGGCUCAAAGGAGUACGCGGGCUCAAAGGUUGGACACGGACAACGCUUUGAUCGAGCGCACGGAAAGCAGCAAGGCGGCUCAAGAGUCGCUCCACAAGGAGCUGAGGGACGCGCUAUGGCUUCCUGGCAGAGCCCCCCCCGACAAGGGCUGUCUUCUCCUCCGGCUGGUGCUGCAGUCUCUGGUGGAAGAUAGCCAACCAGGGUUUGUGGAGAGGCGGGAGGAUCUGAGGACCAAGCUGAGGGUCUUUACGUUUGGGAACCCCAGCGUCGACUGGCUGGUCAAGAGGACGGAUCAGUCGCUGGGCGAUGUAGUCCACACGACGGAGCACUUUGCCCACAGGGAAGACCUCGUGGCCACGCUGGGCGUGGUGAGACGUGAGGGCGAAGCCGAACAGGGGUACGCCAGGAAUUCGGUCUUUUACAGCAACGCAGGGCGGGGGCACCUGUUUGGAGCACAUUACCCGCUUUCGCCGGAGGCGUAUGAAAACGGGCGAGACUCCCGGUUGCUGAGGGCGCUGGGCGGCGCUGCAAUAGAGUGA